UCAGUCAUAAUGAUAAAAAUGAAACAUUAGAUGAAUCAGAUAGUCCGAGCACCUGUAACAGAAAAGAUUCGAAUUUUCUCUCGUACAUGCUUUUUUUCUAAAACUCGAAAAUCGGCAUCUGCCGUCUACGAAAAUGUUGACAAAGUGUGUGUUGGUGAUUCUUCUACUAAGUGCAUACAACCAAGCUCAAGAAAUAAACACCAGCGAUGUAGAAAUUUUAUCAAAAAAUGAUCCCCAACCACCGCUGGUUAAUCAAGUGGACGAAAAUCCGAAUCAGGGUGGAAACGACGACAGACCGGAUCAACCGGAAAACGAAAGAGAAAAAUCAGUCCCUAAUAACACCACCAAAUUAGAUACUUCUGACGAUGCGGUUGAAGUUUUUGAAUCGCCAGAUGUAGUUUUGCGCAAAGGGCCUAACGGAAAAUAUAUGUUUGAUUAUGGCGACAAUUACGACCCAAUGACCUCGCGCUACGCCCCUCAGGAAGACAGUCAGAGAGGUCGCGCCGGGCCCCCUUACGUCAUCACGGAAGCCCGCCUUAAAGAAAUCCGGGAACACUUCAUGUACCCUUACUAUGACCGCGGUGGCAAUGCUGAUAACGAAGGAGAUUAUCAAAAAGCCAUCCAGACAUCAACCCCCCAAGUACACAAAAAUCUCAACUUCCAGUUGCCCUUCUUCGGCUUUAGAUACAACUACACUCGAGUCUCUCUAAACGGUUAUCUGGAAUUCAGUGACCCGCCCCAAAAUUACGAAACCUAUCCUUUGGUAUUCCCGGUGAAAGACUGGCCGAAAAAGAACGAUCCGGCUUUCAUUGGGAUUUUUUACAGCAAAUGCCGGAUUGGCAAUUUGCGAGUUGAGGAUAUCGACCAGAGAAUGCCCGGCGUUUACUUCCGGCUUGAACGGGAUUUGAGGGAACGGAACGACCAGAUGGGCGUUGAGAUUAGGGAACGCUUGAAGUGGGAUAUCCGAGAGGGUGUUAUUGGGGCUGAUAACUUCAACCCUAAACACGCCAUUAUUGCCACUUGGAAGAACGUUUCUUUUGCUGGAGGGUUCGCCAACGCGCUGUACAAAACCAACACCUUCCAGCUGGUUUUGGCCACUGAUGAAGUCUACACCUAUGCCAUGUUUAAUUACUUGAACCUUGACUGGACCAGUCAUACUGAAGCCGGUGGUGACACCAUCAAUGGUGAGGGCGGUAUUCCCGCAUAUGUGGGCUUUAACGCAGGAAACGGUACUCGAUCGUACCAAUACGUGCCAUACAGUCAAAAUUCGGUCAUUCGAGACCUGACUGGGACUGGUUUCGGUAAUGAAAAAAAAGGGCGCCACUAUUUCCGAAUCGACGAAAACAUUUACCUUGGAAGUUGCAAUAAGGACAUCGACGGUGCUAACUUAGACCUGUUUUUCGCACCAGAAAGCGGAAACAUGCUCGGCGGCACCAUUGUUAACAUCACAGGCCCGUGUUUUAAACCAACCGACCAGAUUAUUUGCAAAUUUGACACUGCUGACGAAGUUUACGGCGUUGUGGUCAGCAGCAAUCGGGCGAUUUGCAUCCAACCGCCACUUUUGGUCGAAGGAUAUGUCAAGCUUGAGAUCGCGAUUGGACCCGGAACAUACAAAUGGAAGGGGAAAUAUUAUGUUGAAACCCCGGCAACUGCCACUCAAAAAAUCUUCUUCGACGACAUGAGCUACAACGAGAAAUCGCCGGCCGAGAUUGGCUUCACUUGGGAAAAGCAGAAUUUAACAACGAACGAAAACGCCAACAUCCGAAUUUCGCUUUGGGGGUACCGGGAGACGAGCGUCCGACCUGACUUCCUCUACAUUACCGAUUUGGCCGAGAAUGUGCAAAACACGGGGUCGUACAAGAUUAUCCCGUCAACGUACAAGAACCGCAACAAUGAGAAAUUGAUUGAUAUACAAUUUGGUUUCAUUCAAAUCAACUUGACUGAGUCCAUUCCGGUGACCAACAAGAACGGACAAGGCGAGGUCAAGAUAACCCCUCUGAUAUGGAGCCGCCCGAUACCUUUAGGCUGGUACUUCGGGCCGCAGUGGGAGCGCAAAUAUGGCACAAACUGGCCCAAGUAUCUCUGCGAUAAUUGGCUCAAAGACGACAGAUAUUUGAAGAAUUUUGCCAGCGAACUGCCGCAGUGUCCGUGCACUUUGCAACAGGCCUUAGCGGACAAGGGGCGCUUUAUGCCAGAUUUUGACUGCGACAAAGAUGCCAAUCCCAAGUGCUACUUCCACCGACAAGCCGUGCACUGCGUCAAAACGGGCUCACCCUCGUUGCAAGGAGCGGAACAGCAAUGCUGCUACGACAAAAACCACUACUUGAUGUUAUCCUACGACCAGAAAUGGGGCUCCUACCCGCGCCGUAGCCACAACCUUGGCUACCUCCCUUGGUACGAAUCGACCAAAGUCCCGACUUUAUCCCAAUGGUACAACGACAUGAUCCCUCGCUUCGUCUGCUGCUUGUGGCAAGAGGAAACCGCCGUUGGUUGUGAAACCCUCCGAUUUGAAAGACGUCCAACCCAAGAUUGCGUAGCUUACCAAGCCCCGGCUGUUGCCGGUGUUUACGGUGACCCCCACAUCCUCACAUUCGACGAUCUCCCUUACACCUUCAACGGAAAAGGCGAAUUUGUUUUGGUCAAGUCGGAAAGUGUGCGAAAUCGCUUGGAAAUCCAAGCCAGGUUCGAGCAAAUGCCCAUGAAUGCCUAUGGCGAAGUAAGGGCCACGCAGUUGACUUCGGUGGUGGCUAGAGGCAAUAGUACCACGAUUAUUGAGAUCAGGAGACGGCCACAAGAGGCUAGGUGGAGGUAUCGGCUUGAUGUGAUCGCCGAUAGGAGGAGGAUUUACUUCGAUAGGCCUUCACUCAAAUUCCAACACUUCCCCGGAGUUACAGUUUACACCCCGACUUAUAUUUUCAACCAGUCGGAAGUUAUCGUGAUGUUUGAUUCAGGGGCGGGUCUUGAAGUUGUCGAAAAUAACGGGUAUUUGACGGCGCGGGUUUACCUCCCGUGGUCAUUUAUCAACCAAACGCGCGGUCUUUUCGGCAAUUGGAGCUUCGAUAUCAUGGACGAUUUUACGCUCCCUAACGGUGACAAGAAAGGGGUUGUGACUAAUUUGAACGACAUGUCGAGCGUUUACACCGACUUUGGUAUGAAAUGGAUGUUGGAUGAUGUGGGAGAUGACCAGAAAGGCGCCGCUCUUUUCUUCCGAGAGCACGGAAAAACUGCCUCAUCUUACAACAACAAAACGUUCGUCCCCGAGUUCAGAAUGUCCAUAGAAGAAUUAAUCCCCGAAAAUCGCUCCGAGUACCGUAGCAGGGCUUACGAUUUAUGCACUGCAACAAACUACGAGUGCUUGUACGACUAUGCCAUGACUUACAACAGGGAUGUUGCCCACUUUUCGGCCAACUACAAAGCUUCCAUUAAGGAACUUAAAGAGACGAAUCGCGACAAUAUUGUGUCUUGUGGCGUCCUGGAAACGCCUCGUUUUGGACGCAAGGACACGUUCCUGUUUGUGCCAGGCACCAAAGUCACUUUUGAGUGCAGCCAGGACUUUAUUUUGGUCGGGGAUCAGAGACGGGAGUGUUUGUCAACCGGCGAGUGGAACAUACCGGAAUAUGGCUACACCGAGUGUUUACGCCAUCAGGAGUAUUCGUCGAGAAAGGCGGCCAUAACCGGGGGCAUAGUACUAGCCGUCAUUAUACCAAUAUUACUAAUAAUCGCGUUUUGCGCGUUCAGUUUGUUCAAACGACUUGCGAACGACAAAAGUUCGUGGCAAUACAAUGCUGUUAAAAGCUCACGACCGUUGAGUCCGAUGUCGGAUGAUGGGUCUUCGCUCCGUAGUCCCGUUCCGAGUGACCGCUCGAGUACUAGCAGUUUAGGCAAAAAGAGGCGAAGUUAUGAUAAGGUUUACCGUACUCAUGAGCCCUUGGAAGGGUUGCCGGAGACAGAGUUUGAGGAAAAGCCGUGGGACCCCAACGAAUUUGAACCCGACAGUAAACCAACAAGCCCGACUUCGAUCAUUUACACCCAGCCCUUCAGUAAACCUGACUUGGUCAAGUUUCAGUCAAAUCCGAACUUGGAUCGGUUCACUUACAACUCCGAUGAUUACACACUGCCGGUGAAAAAGAACCGAAUGAGCAGUCAGAGCAGCGUAAUAACCGAUGUUUAGUCCCUAGCAUGUGGAAUAUGCUGUGCUAUUUCAUAUUCAUAACUGUACAAUUUUUUAAAUAAACUUGUAAAACACAA